CAGGCGGCGGCGCCCCGUUCCAGCCCGCGGCACCGCCGAACGGCGGCGGCCUGUACAGGACCCGCCCCGCCCCACCAGCCGGCCCCCUGCUGGGUGGCGGCGGCCUCGCGGGCGACGCCAGCGGCGAGUCGACUCCGCAGCGGGACCCCAAUGCGGACUACCAGAACCGCCUGGACGACGACCCGCUUCUGAACGCCGGCAAGGCGUUGGCGUCCGGCGUCCGGAGCCUCUUCGGCGGGUUCAAGGCGGAGAACAGGUCCCCGGAAAAGGCCGGCCCGCCGGUCGAGAAGCCGAAGCCCUACUACGACAACGACAAGGGCCGCUGGGUCAUCCCAGGCGCCCAGGAGGACGACCCCGCGGACUACGACCCCAUGACGGGCAAAAAGACCCGAUAGCCAAGGUGCCCACGGACAUGGCACCGCCGCCGAUGGGCGGCCCGCCGAUGGGCGGCCCACCGCCGAUGGGGGCUCCUCCGGCGAUGGGCGCCGCACCGCCGAUGGGCGUUCCACCGCCCAUGGGCGGCCCGCCGCCGAUGGGCGGCGCGCCGCAGAUAGGCGGCUUGGCCGUCGGCGGGGUCCCCUUCGCGGGGACCCUUGGGGCCCGGAGACCGCCGCCCGGGCAGGCAGCGGCUCCCACGCCGGUGGCAGGGCCCUUCGGGGCGCCGCAGGCCCGCUCGGGGCCCUUCGGCUGAGGCUCUGCCCCGGCGGUCGCCGCCCCAGCGCCGCCCGCCGCAGCCCCGCGGGGCGGGCGCCCGCGCCGGUGGCAGGGCCC